UCCCUCCAAACCGCAAAUCGAAGUGACCGAACCCUAGCUCCCAUCUCCGAACUCGAUUUCACCGUUCUUCUCACUCUCUUUCUCCAGCUCCGGCGACGCUUCUCCACCUUCCUUUCUCUGUGCGCGAUUCCUUCACACUUCAACGCUGAUAGCUUCACACUUUAAGGGAUCAAUACCGCUUUCUCAUUAUCACUUACCUAAAAAAUGAGCAGUUCUGGAGACAGCUCCCCGGAUUGGCUGCGUUCUUUUCAGGUACCCACUCCUGAUUCGCCGUUGGCAUUGUCAUCUGAUUCUGAUCCUUUACAUGAUAGUGGUGGCUUUUCAGAUGAGGAUAGAAUUGACGAUGAAGAGUCAUCUCCGAAGUCACCAAAGAAUCCAAAUGUCAACAAAAACAAGAGUGCUACAAGGAAGAAAAGGGAUACGCAAAAGGAGAAAAAUGGAAAGAGGGAGGAAAAGAAGAUCAAGCUUGACUCUGACAUCGACAAGGAAACCAAGCACAAAGAACCCAUUCAUUCACUGUGGGAACUGUCAUCUGAUUCCGAGUCAUGCCAGGAUCAUAUUCCAAAAACUGAAGAUCAUAUUGAUCAGGUGGAAACUUCUAAGCCCCAAAUAUCUCAAGCUCCUGCUAAAGUAGAAUGUGGGGAUGGACUUCAUGACAAAGAUGGAAAGUCUCCAUCCAAAAAGGCUUCAAAAGCAAAGACAUCCCAAAAACAAAUAAUGGUAGAAGGUUCUACACCAGUAAAAGGGAAGAAAACAAAGGUUAAUGUAAAUGGGAAAGGUGGUGAUGGAGAUGUAGAGGCUAAAGAGGAAGAAACUGUUGGAAAGCCUGUUGGACUGAAUGUUUCCUCCUCAAUGUUGCCUUUGACGCUUUCUGAGAAAGUUCACCGUACAAAGGCUCUUCUUGAGUGUCAAGGUGACUCUAUAGAUUUGAGUGGUGAUAUGGGAGCUGUAGGGCGGAUUAUUAUCUCAGAUUCCCUUUCCGGGGAUCCGGAAAUGUGCUUAGAUUUGAAAGGAACAGUCUACAAAACAUCUAUAGUUCCUUGCCGGACGUUUUGCGUUGUUAGCUUUGGGCAGUCAGAGGCAAAGAUAGAGGCCAUCAUGAAUGACUUCGUACAGCUGAAUCCACCGUCUGAUGUUUAUGAAGCCGAAACUAUGGUUGAAGGGACAUUGGAUGGUUUUUGCUUUGAUUCUGAUGAGGAAGCUGGCAAGAAUCAGAAAAGCACCCACCCAUCUGAUCAAAAUGAGAACGCCGAGGAACAGACACCUGGUAAAUCCAAACGGAAGGCAGACAAAACAUCAGGUGCUGAAAAGAAAAGAGGUAGAAGUACCGGCGGAAAAUCACAGUCAAAGAUAUCCAAGAAAAAAGCUCCAAGUUCCAAGAGAGCAAAAACUAAGAAAUGAGUCAAAGAAACAUUCUAUAACUUCUUAGUUCUUAUAUAUGCAAUAUGCCAUGUAAUUGAAUUAAAAAUACAGAUGCUAAAUCAAUUUGCCAAUGACGACAGAGAUGGCAAAUUGGCGAUAGAUCAGUUGUUGUUAGAAUUCUUACCAAACCCUGUGCAGGAGAAUUUAAAGAACAUAGUCUGCUGAAUGAGUUAUUAUCAAUUUCUUAUA